CAAACAACUUAUUUUCCUCUUCUGUUACGGGAAAUCCAAAUUACUCAGGGACAUUUCACAUUUGGUGGAAAUUACUAGCGUGAAUUUUCCACAUGCUGACAUGACUGUAGGAGAGGACUUAAACUGAAUCUUUGUCGCGUUAAAGAAAUUAAUUAAUGGUUUAUAAAGCUAACUGGGGAAUGUUAUUUUAACGUAUUUAACAAACAAACGAUAUGAUAUGAAAGGACUAAAGCAACGGCUGAAGAGACCAACUGCAAACACUGCUAUCCCAAAGGAUGGUGCAUGGUCACACCAAGACCAAAGAGUGUGGCAAGCAGUAGCAGGAAAUCAACCAGCUAAAGUCGCAGCUAAAUUAAGCAAACACCCAGAUGUUGAUGUCAAUAGGAUAUGUCCAAACGUAGGAUACUCUGUGGUGCAUUAUGCUGCAGCAAAAGGUCUUGACGAUUGUUUAAACAUUCUGCUUGCACAUCGAGCUGAUGCCUCUGCGUGUGACGUUACUGGAGCUACUCCAUUACAUGCUGCAGCUAGAUAUGGACAUAGAGGAACUACCUCAAAACUUCUGGCGUCUCGGUCGAUGAAAGUUAACUUAAGCGACAAGAAUCAAUGUACUGCAUUACAUUUUGCAUCAUUUGAAGGCCAUGCCGAUUGUGUUAAACUUAUAUCAGAAACUCCCGAAGUUGAUUUGAAUUGCACAGAUAAGGAUGGUAGAACUCCAUUGAUGGUAGCUGCAGCCAUGGGACGACUUGAAGUUUGCAAGGAACUUGUGGAACAAAAGUGUGAUCUACAUCAUAAAGAUACGGCACUCGGUCACACAGCUCUCACAUUAGCUGCGGAUUCUGGCCAUGCUGAAGUUGUACGUCUGUUAUGUGAAAACGGUGCUAAUCACACAGAAGCUUUACAUGACGGCAGGACUGCUUUGAGUUUAGCGAAACACAAAAAUAGGAAGAGCGUCAUCAAUGCAUUGCAUAUUAUUCAACUAACGGAGGCUGCAAAUAAAUCUUCAAAUGGACCUCGACUGAGUGUGAGCAGCAAUAAAUAUAAAUUGGAAGGUGAUCCUGCUAUAAAGAAAAGACAUUCAGUUGACAGCAUUCUGGAUACCAAGCCACAGACCUUCAUUGAUGAUAUGGUAGCAGGAACACAUUUAUCAACUGGUAGUCGAACUCCUAAAGCUACUCGACGUCACAACAAAGAAGAAAAGAAGCCAAGCAAAUCUAAUAUAUCAAGGGUGAAAGCUGCAGUCGAAGCCAAAAUGAAAAACGGAUCGAGACGAGGAUCGGAUGCUUCAGGUUUGUCAUCAACAUCAACACCUCGACAAAAACAUAAAAAGAAUUCUGGAACCAGUAUUUCACCAGAUACCAAUGCAUUUUCUUUAUAUACAGAAGGAGCAAAUCCUCAUUUUUAUGAGAGAGAGAUGAAGUUCUUCGACUCAAAUUCUUCAUUGGAUGUAUCAUCAACAUGUUCUGCGAUGAAUAAUAUUUCCAAAUCAACAGAUUCUUUGAGGCCUUCAACUGCUGAUGAGUUAGACAAUCCUUUAAAUGGAACAACUUCAACAGUGAAUAGUCCUGAAGUUAAGAUUGAAGGAACGGACUUCUCAGUGAGACAACAUAAUGCUGAACAUGAGAAAUAUCGAAAGAUGGUUGCAGAAUAUGAACAGAAAGUAAAAGAGCUUGAAGAGAAAAUAUCUCGGGCUGAUAAAGUUUCCAUAGCAACUGAGAAGUUACAAAAGAAUGCAGAGGAAGUCAGGGCAGCUCAGAUUGCUGCAGCAGAAGAGGGAUUUCAAAGGAAAGAAAACAUUUAUAAAGAGCAAAUACAGGAUUUGAAAACGAUUGCAGUAAGAUAUGAGAAGCAAAAUAAAGAAUUAUUACGAAGAUUGAACGCAGCACAAGAAGUUACAUUGACUGUUGAAAAGUUGAAAGAGCAAUUGGAAGAAAGUGAAGACAAAAACAAAGAAAUGGAGGAAAAUAAUAAGAAUCUGGAAAACAAGAUUGAAAAACUCCAAACGGAUAAUGGAAAAAUGGUACAAGAUUUGGCAAAGGAAAAAGAAAAUGAAAGUUCAAUUAUCACUCAAGCAAAACAAAAAAUCAUUGAAGCAGAACAGAGAUGCAAUCGUGCAGAAGAAAAUCGUGACGAAGCAGAACAACAAUGCAAGGAUGCGGAACAAAGAGCUAUUGAAGCGGAAAGCAAAUGCAAUGAACUGGAACAACGAAUAACCAACGAGAAGGGAAAUUUUAAUGAAGCAGAACAGAAAACUGCAGAGCUCGAAAGCAAAUUCAAUCAACUGGAACAGGAAAUCGCUGAAGCAGAACAACAACGCUCCGACAUGGUCACUAAAUUAGGAGAAGUCAAUAAAGAUAAAAGAAAGUUUGAGCGAGAGCUCAAGAAAAUGAAAGAAAUAUCACUGAAAGAAAAACAAGAAUUGGAAGAAAAUAAAGAAGAUAUAUCGGAAUUAUAUAAAAUAUUACAUGAGGAAAAUAUCGUCUCAGUGAAUCUCUCAACAAACAAUGAAGCUGACGCUGGUCUUGUUGACAAGGAAAAUUACGGCCUCGCAGACGUCAAACUUGAAGUUCAGAAGCUUAUUGAAAAGUUCAAGUUUGAAGAAGGCCAACACAACAAUAGUGAAGCUUCAAAAAAAGACAUUGAAGAUAAAUUAAAUACUUCACUUGAUGAAAAGAACAGAAGGAUUGGAAGUUUGGAAAAGAAAAUACUUGACGCUGAAGAAACGUUGGCAAAGAAAAUAGCAGAAUGUAGUAGACUUGACGCAGAGUUGAAACACACAAAGAAUCGACUGAAUGGUUUAGAAAAAGACAAGAAAAAGUCUGAAGAUGACCUCGGUUCUGAAUUGACAAAAACCAGAGCUUUACUUGCACAAUAUGAAGCAACCAAAACUGCACAAGCUGAUGAAUAUACAAAGACACAAGAUGAAGUCACUCAACUCCAACAACAACUCGAUGAAGCGUUAACUACUCUUGAAAAACACAGAGGAGAUUCGAUUCCUCGUGAUAUUUAUGACUCUGAUUGUGCGAAGAUAAAACAAGACGCAGAUAUAUUGAAAAAAGAAAUCACUAAAACAUUAGAAAAAUUUGCACAAAUGCAAUUGGAUAUUGCUAACAAAGAACAGGAAAUAUCCGAUUUACGAGUUGAGCGUAACCAGAGUGAAGCAAAAUCAACAAAAUAUGAAGCGGACGUCAGUACUUUGAAAUCGAAAUGUCACGAAUCUGAAGUUCAAGUUAAUAUUUUACGACAACAAUUAACCGAUUCAAAACAUAAGCUGGAAAAAGCGACUGAAGAGAUCAAUGGCCUUCGAAAAUCACGUCGAGAUAUGACUUUGCGAUUGUCAACAAAACAAGGAGAAAUUAAUGAAUCUGAGCGAAAGAAAAUUGAGAAUUUGAAAAAGCAAUUGGAAAAUUUAUCAUCUCAUAUACAGGAAUCUGAAAAACGGUACAGGGACACAAUUGCAAUCUACAGAGGCCAUCUUUUGGCUGCCGUUACAGGAGAACUGGAUUCUGAUGUACAAUCAGCAUUACAAGAAAUCAUAAAAUUACGAGUAAAAGAUGAUGACAAGGCACAAACAUCACAUUCAUAAUGUUACGUCAUCUGUUCUUUUUAAUAUGCAGUUUCGUGCUUUUCAUAUCAUAUUAUUUUCAAUUUACCGCAAUUUUUAUUUUAUCAUUAUUCACUUUUUUAAUGUUUGAGGAAUUCCGGGACCAAUGCUCAUUUUUGGACUAUUUGUUAUAUUUAAAUUUCUCGAUGUGGAUAUUACCUUUUAAUACUUGACUGUAAAAUCGUAGUUAUUUCAUUUGGCUUAUUUUUUAAUCGGACCUCCUGAAGUAUGCGCACCAAGAUGCGCACAACCUGAACUCAGGCUGUGUGCCAGGUUAGGGUUCAGGUUAUGUGACAUCUUCGUGCGCAUACUUCAGGAGUACCUUUUAAUCUACACUACCUAAAUUAGACUAAGAUGUAUUGCAAGAACAUUGAAUUAAAAUUUAGCUUUAUGGCACUCUGAAUUUUAUUAUCAUAUUUCUUUGUCAAUUAUAUUUUCCAACAUUCCGUCCCAGCAAUAAGUUAAUUUUGUACUGCUCAAAGUGCAAUUUAGAAGUGCUUUUCCCCAAAUUUUUCUGCCUUGAUGUAAAAUCUGUGCUAUUCAGCGAUUUCAGCUAACCCUAGUAGCUACAUAUUCGCCCCAUUAUCACUCAGUUGUCUUAGUCCAACUAGUGCAAAUUUUAUACGGUACUGUUGCUUGUCAACGCCUAUUUGAAAUAUAGUAUUUUUUAUGAAAAA